GACCUUUCUUUCUUUCUCCCACGUGACCUAGUGGAAUAUUGAAAGGUUUUAACUUCUCUUCUAAUAUCUUUGGAAAUAACAUUAGCCAGCAACAAGGUGAGAUGGGACAGCUUUGAAGUGGCACUAGCCUGGAGUUACACUAUGGUUCUGGGCCAAGCUUUCAACAUGAGUUUGAUGGACAUUUCUAAGAUCUUCUCCCUGCUGCAGCCUAAGGAGGAGGAUGAGGACAAUGAGCAGUGUGAGGCCUUGAACAACGCCGUGAGCAGCGAUGACGUCACUCUGCUCGCCAAGCUUCUGUCUCAGGAGAGUUACAGGGGGUCUAUCAAUGCCCGAAGCGGGUGGGGGGUCCCAGUAACCCCCUUGCGCACUGCUGCCGCUCUGGGACACUUGAGGUGCCUGGAGUUACUGUUGGAGCAUGGCGCAGAGAUUGACAGCCUGGAUGUGAAGGCCCAGACGCCUCUGUUCACAGCUGUCAGCGGGAAACAUCUGGACUGUGUGGUUGCUCUGCUGAAGGCCGGAGCCGAUCCCAAUGGCAGCCAGUACAACAACUGCUCUCCGGUGCUGACUGCCGCCCGGGAGGGUGAUGUAGAUGUGCUCCGAGAGCUGCUACGGUUUGGAGCCGAGACGGAUGUCAGAUCCAAAGUACCCGACUGGGCUUCCAAUGCCACAGCCUGCAGAGGGCCCCUUUAUAUCUCAGCUGUUUAUGGACACCUGGACUGCUUUAAACUGCUCCUUCUGCAUGGGGCCAAUCCCAACUACAACUGCACAGAUGAGAGGAUGCUGGCCAGGAUAAAACAGCCAAAGACAGUUCUGGAGGUGUGUCUCCGUUAUGGCUGCGGGGUGGAGUACAUCCAGCUUCUCAUAGACUUUGGUGCAGACGUGUAUCUACCCACACUGAUCAUUGACAAGACUACAAAGCAGAAUGAAGCUCUGGUUCUACUGCUCAAGGAGAGAGUUUGUCCCAAAGCACUGAUGUCUCAGACUCGGCUGGCAAUUCGAAGAUACAUCUCCUUUGCUAAUAAAGAGCCUUCCAUUGACAGCUUGGACAUUCCUCCUAUUCUGAGGAACUACCUGAAGCACGACACCUCUGAACUCAUAUGAUGCUCAUGAUAGCAUCAAGAGAAAUGGCCAGUGAAUUUCAUUUUUAUCUAAUUUUAUUACCUCAUUGCUGUGCACUCACGACUGAAUAAUGGAUUUCUAGCUUUGCCAAAUUUUCCUAUAGGUAGGACAAGAUAAGCGACACUCACACAACCAACUUCAAAGUGCACACUGUGUAAUAAUCUCUCUGGUUCCUUUAGAGGUCACUGUUCUGUCCUACUGCUGUAAAUUCUUUUUUUUAUUAUUAUUUCUAUACAAAGACUGAAGUUUGUGACUUGCUGUAGAUGUACUUAUUAAGUAGCUUAAAUUUAUAUGGAUAUUUUUAGCUCUGCAUAGCUGAUACAAGUGUCUUUUGCAACCACAA